UUCAGAGACUUUCGUGGUCCAGAACACUAUUGUUGGGAUGAAGCUUUGUAACUUUGCAGUGUUUGUAGCUGUUGUUCUCUUCUGCGAGCAGCAUGUCUUCGCAUUUCAAAGUGGCCAGGUUUUAUCUGCUCUUCCUAGAACCUCUAGGCAAGUUCAAGUUCUGCAGAAUCUCACUGCAACAUAUGAGAUUGUUCUCUGGCAGCCAGUCACAGCUGAGUUCAUUGUGAAGCAUAAAGAAGUCCAUUUUUUUGUGAAUGCAUCUGAUGUAAGCAAUGUAAAAGCCCAUUUGAACGUGAGCAGAAUUCCAUUCAGUGUGUUGGUGGAAGAUGUGGAAUAUCUCAUUCGACAGCAGACAUCCAAUGGUACAGUCAACCCCCGGACAUUCUCAGCGUACUACGAGCAGUAUCACUCACUGAAUGAAAUCUAUUCUUGGAUAGACUUUAUAACUGGGAAGUAUCCUUAUAUGAUUACAAAAAUCCACAUUGGAUCCUCAUUUGAGAAGAAGCCACUUUAUGUUUUAAAGGUUUCUGGACAAGGACAAGAAGCCAAAAAUGCCAUAUGGAUUGACUGUGGAAUCCAUGCCAGAGAAUGGAUCUCUCCCGCAUUCUGCUUAUGGUUUAUAGAUUAUGUAACUAAAUCCUCUGAGGAAGAAAGGCCGUAUAACAAUCUUCUGAGGCAUGUGGACUUCUAUGUUAUGCCAGUGAUGAAUGUGGACGGUUAUGACUACACAUGGAAAAAGAACCGAAUGUGGAGAAAAAACCGUUCUUUCCACGAAGGCAAUCGUUGUGUUGGAACAGACCUGAACAGGAAUUUUGCUUCCAAACACUGGUGUGGGGAAGGUGCCUCAAGUUUCUCAUGCUCAGAGACCUACUGUGGACUUUACCCCGAGUCAGAGCCAGAGGUGAUGGCAGUGGCUAAUUUCCUGAGAAGAAACAUCGACCACAUUAAAGCUUAUAUUAGCAUGCAUUCAUACUCCCAGAAGAUUGUCUUUCCCUAUUCCUAUAAUAGAAGCAAAAGCAAAGACCAUGAGGAGCUGUCUCUAGUGGCACAUGAAGCAGUUCGUGCUAUUGAGAGAACGAACAAAAACAUCAGAUAUACCCAUGGCAGUGGCUCAGAGAGUUUAUACUUAGCUCCUGGAGGUUCGGACGACUGGAUCUAUGAUUUGGGCACCAAAUACUCGUUCACCAUUGAACUUCGAGACACGGGCAGGUACGGAUUCUUGCUUCCAGAGCGCUUCAUCAAGCCCACGUGCACGGAAGCCCUCGCCGCGGUCCUGAAAAUAGCGUGGCACGUGGUCAGGAACGUCUGAGGCCUUGGACUUGGGGCUCCCCUCGUUUAACUCACGGAUUCUAACCGGGCCACAUCACUGUACCAGCGUCCAAGCUUCAUCCGAUCCAGUGCUUCCCUAAUUCUUGGUUUCAUCAAAGAACAAAAUAAAUGUGACUUGGAAAUUAACGCCAAGGUACAGCUGUAUUUUUUUGAUUUCAAUAUGUGUGCGUGGCUAGGUCCUUUUGUUUCCCUUCAUCUCCAUCUCAAGGAAUUUUAAUAACGAGUGUCGUGGAGAUGGUGGGAUUCUAAGCACAACCCCGACACCCCAAUGUUCCUUCCCAGGGACCCCCGCGCCUAAGCGC